UUUUCCUAUGAAAUACACUCUGAUAAAAUAUUGCAAGGGUUUUUAAGAAACCCGGUAUCGUUUUAUCUCAUCGAAAUCCUUUAUGAAAAGCCUCUUCGGAACAAAUGUUACAAAUUGCAUUUUGUUCGUUGUUUGAUUAAGUCUGUCGAAUUCUGUAGUUAAAUAUGGCUGAUUUCUUGUUGUAUUGUUCUUUGAGACUGCACAAAACAUAAUUCCAAAAAACAAACUCACGCCGAUGUUAUGGCAAACCUCAAUUUUCAACAGCCACCAAGGAGUAUAGCAAGUCAGGGUUUAAGCCGAGGGGGCUUCAGUUCUAGCUCAUUGUCAGGGCAUGUAACACCAACGUCAGGGAUGUUCCCCGGGAGCGGAGGGGGAACGAGUGGCGGUGGCACAUCAUUCACUCCCCAGCAACUUUCGCCCAACCGAGGGCUAUCAGCAGCCAUGACCAACAGGUCUCUUUUUGGCCAGAGGGCGUUCCCAGAGAGGCGGCAGAUUCCUGGCCUGGGUUCUGUGAUACAAGACUGGAGUUCAAGCUCAAUGGCAGCCAACUUUGGGAUGGCGGCAGCAGCAGCUGCGAGCCGGAGUUAUGGAUCUCAGGGGCUAGCCAACUUCCACUCUGUGUUCAGUGGAAGCAGUGGUGGAGGAACUGGCGACUCCUCGACCCCUCCGCUUCUAGACCUCUCUGAGUUCCCAUCACUCACCAAUAGGGGUGGGCAGGGAGACUCGGUUCCUCAACCUAGUACGCUUCCAGCGGGGAAACAACCUUAUGGUAAAGUCCGCUUAAAUUUCGGCAUGGUGAAACAACCAACUGCCGAAUCUAGUGAGUUCACAAUGUCAUCUGAAGAUUUCCCAGCGUUACCCGGCACUGGUGCCGAAGGUAGUGGCGGGGGGACAGGUGGGGGAACGAGCGUGAGCGGGGCGUCGGGCACCAACUCGACGGCGGGUACGUCAACGGGAACGGCGGAGAAAGUGGGCAGCAGCAGCGAGUCGACAACAUCCAGUCAAGACACGAUGCAACCCACCUCUUCUAGAAUACCUCAAACACAGGAGACCUCAAAACAGCCCGUGAAACGGGGGAUUCAGACCUCUCCUGAUGGUAAAGUGACAAACAUCCCCAACAGUAUGGUUAAAGAUCAAUUCGGGAUGGUUGGUUUACUUACAUUCAUAAGAGCUGCUGAGACUGAUCCCAACCUAGUAUCCCUUGCACUUGGCCAGGACUUAACUGCGCUAGGUCUUAACCUUAAUUCCGUUGACAACCUAUACCCCACCUUUGGUGGACCCUGGGCGGAGAUGCCUUGUCGAGCGCAGGAUAUAGAUUACAACGUACCACCAGAAUAUAUCAUUAACCACAGUAUCAGAGAAAAAUUGGCUCAAUUGAAGCUAGCGAGGUAUAAAGAAGAUUUGUUAUUCUUUAUGUAUUAUACAAAUGCCGGUGAUAUGUUGCAACUUGUUGCUGCAGCGGAAUUGUAUAGUAGAGAGUGGCGGUUUCAUAUGGAGGAGAAGGUUUGGAUAACACAAGCUCCAGGACUUGGUGUGACGGAGAAGACAUCAACAUAUGAAAGGGGGACUUACUACUACUUUGAUGCCGUCAACUGGAGGAAGGUCAUUAAGGAGUUCUAUCUGGAUUACAGCAAGCUAGAAAACCAACCGACUAUACCUCCGUCUGCAUACCAUGCUGUAUGACCCAUCGUCAUCAUCUACAGAUGCGGCAAACUCGUCGUUUUUCUAUUUCAAAUACAAACGAGUAUUUUAUUUGAUAAAUAAUAAAGAGAAAAAAAAUGUUGAGAAAAAAGAGAUGGACAUCCUGUAAAUUAUAAAUAAGGGGAAAGAAAUUGCAAAUAUGUUGCUUUUAAGUUUAAGGUUUACAAUAA